UUCUCCCUCAUGCCCUUUGACCUUGCUUCACUCCAGUCUCAUAUUCAGAUCUCGACACACAAGCAGCACCUCAUACUCACUGCGCUCGCUGCCUCUCUUGGCACAGCUGCUCUCUUCUCAGGCUACUCGCUGCUGGACAAACGACGGAGGAAGGACAGACGGAGAGAGCUUGAGGGCGAUGCGUUGCGGAGUAUUAUUGGGUCGAAAAAUGCCACCAGACAUGGGUCUCCAGUCCCGGAAGACAUAGAAGAACCGCAUAUCCGACUUGGUGGCGAAGCCUAUGCCGAGCACCUCAUCAGGGAGCAGCUGGCGCGAAACUACGCGUUUUUCGGGGAAGAACCGAUGGCAAGGAUACGGAAAGCAAGGGUAGUGGUCGUGGGAUGCGGUGGGGUGGGUAGCUGGGCGGCGGUAAUGCUUGUCCGCUCCGGCAUUUCUCAUAUCCGACUCAUUGACUUCGACUAUGUUACGCUGUCGUCGCUCAACAGGCAUGCCACUGCCAUGCUUUCGGAUGUGGGCACACCCAAAGUAGCAUGUGUUGCGCGGAGGCUAAGAGAGUUCUCUCGGUGGGUGGAGGUCGAUACUCGCACUGAACUCUGGAAAAAUGACGACGGAGGAAAGGAGUUGCUGGACGGGGCGGACUGGGUCAUUGACGCUAUUGACAACAUCCAGACCAAAGUCGACCUGCUCCACUACUGUCACUCCCACAAUAUCCCCGUCUUCUCCUCCAUGGGCGCGGGCGCCAAAACCGACCCCACACGCAUCCAGAUUGCGGACAUCGCCAACACGAUUUACGACCCGCUUGCCCGCGCGGUUCGGCGGCGGCUGCGCAGCUUGGGCGUACCCUCGGGUAUUCCGGUCGUAUACUCCACCGAAGUGCCUGGCGAUGUCAAGCUGCUGCCGCUGCCCGAAGAGGAGUUUGCGAAGGGGAAGGUCCAGGAGCUGGGUGUGAUGGACGAGUUUCGCGUCCGGGUGCUGCCUGUUCUGGGGCCGUUGCCGGCCAUAUUCGGGCUCAACGCUGCUACGUAUGUACUGGCCGAGAUCGGCGGGAAGCCCAUACCGAAUCCAUUACCCGUCAAGAACCGGCGGAAAGUGUACGAAAAGCUGUUGCGGGACCUGCAGGGCAGGGAGGCAAAGAGGAGCGGCGCGGAGCCGGGUGUGGUCCCACGUUUGCCUAUCGACGAAGAUGACGUCGCGCUCAUAUUCGAAGACAUCCAUCGUGGUCGCUCCAUUAUACCUCCACACCCGGUACCGACUACACCCACCCUUGUGCGUUGGGACCCGGCCAUGGCCCUUACGCCCGAGAACGUGGUCGUGAUGGAGCGCAAGGAGGCGACGAGACACGAAAAUGGGAUAUAUGGAGCGACGAGCCCUGUGGAAAUGUGGGGGGCAGAAACGGACGCGCUGGUGGAAAAGCACAGGAAACAGAUAAGAAGGGUGCGAGAGUGGGUAGAUUGGGAUGUUCCUAAUGAGAGCCGUAUGCGAGGCAAUGAAAUCAUCUAA